UCACUGAGACUUAAUGGACCGCUUCCCGGUUGUAACUCAAUGCGGAGAUCAUCACGUCGGAGCAGAAGUGUCACUGGACAGAUUCAGUAACGCCGUGCGUUUGUAGAGUGUUCAUUCAUUCACCCUCUCACUUUGACACACCACUUCAAGAACUUUUUCCGAGGCACCUGAAAAGUGGAGACACCUGAAACUUCUUCGUAUCACAACAUCGUUUGCUCCCGCACACCUUUCUCACUUUGAUCUGCACAGAGAUCUGAGCUCGAUUUGGACUAGACCCGUCAACCUGUCAGCCACUGGGCAGAAACUCACCUCCGGGAAAAGCGUUUCUGAUCAACAUCUGUCAUCUUAAAGGAAAGAUAGGCUACCUGCCGAACGCACAGAUUUUUGGCGAACUAGCAAUAUAAUGGGAUUCUUAUUGUUUCACGUUUUGUGUUCAGUGAUGUUCGUCUCUCAUAUUCUUCAAAGGGCAGGUUCCAAUGAGAUCUUGAGGCUAAAAAUCCUCAACCCUACCGACCCUGUCCUCGAUGCCAACUCGGUGUGCAUGACCCUCCCUGGGCUGACCAAGAAGCAGAUGGAAGUGUGCAUGAAGAACCCCGACGUGACGGCCUCGGCCAUCCAGGGCAUCCAGAUAGCCAUCCACGAGUGCCAGCACCAGUUCAGGGGACACCGAUGGAACUGCUCUAGCCUGGAGACCAAGAACAAGAUCCCUUACGAGAGUUUGGUGUUCAACAGAGGUUUCAGGGAGAGCGCCUAUGCCCACGCCAUCGCGGCGGCCGGAGUGGUGCACGCCGUGGCCAACGCGUGCGCCAUGGGCAAGCUGAAGGCCUGCAGCUGCGACGACAAGCGGCGCGGCGACGAGGAGGCCUUCCGGGCCAAGCUGAACCGCCUCCAGCUGGAGGCCAUCAACCGCGGCAAGGGCAUGUCGCACGGCGUCAUGGAGCACUUCCCGGCGGACGCGCUCGGCCCGCAGGACUCGUGGGAGUGGGGCGGCUGCAGCCCCAACGUGGAGUUCGGCGAGAAGUUCUCCCGCGACUUCCUGGACUCGCGCGACACGCACCGCGACAUCCACGCCCGCAUGAGGCUCCACAACAACAGAGUUGGCAGGCAGGUGGUGGUGGACCACAUGAGGCGGAAAUGCAAAUGCCACGGCACAUCAGGAAGCUGCCAGCUCAAGACCUGCUGGCAGGUCACGCCCGACUUCCGGACGGUGGGCUCGCUCCUCAAGGAGCGCUUCAGCGGCGCCACCUUCAUCAAGCCGCACAACCGCAACACGGGCCAGGUGGAGAACGCCAACUCCAUGCACUCCAACUCCCACCACAACCACCACAACAACCACAACAACCACCACAACCACCACCACCACCACCACCGGCGCCGCGCCAACUACAACGAGCUGGUCUACUUCGAGAAGUCGCCCGACUUCUGCGAGCGCGACCUCGGCUCCGACUCGGCGGGCACGCAGGGCCGCAUCUGCAACAAGACCAGCCCGGGCAUGGACAACUGCGAGAGCCUGUGCUGCGGCCGGGGGCACAACAUCCUGCAGCAGACGCGCAGCGAGCGCUGCAACUGCAAGUUCCACUGGUGCUGCUACGUGGUCUGCGAAGAGUGCCGGAUAACGGAGUGGGUCAACGUCUGCAAAUGAUAAAAGAGAAAAGAAAAACACAUAUAAAACCCUAAUAAAUGAAUAUAUAAAUAUAUAUAUAUGAAAAGAAUGACAGACAUUAUAACUAGAGGGGGGAGACUGCGAGGAUAACCUUCCCUUUUGCGAUGGACUGCCAGCUCCAUUUUUAGAGUGGAAAGCAUGAAAAAAAAAAAACGAGACAGGGACGUGUGAGGAGGUGCACACCCGGCGUGUGUGUGUGUGUGUGUGUGUGUGUGUGUGUGUAUGUGUGUGUGUGUGUGUGCGUGUGUGUGUGUGUGUGUGUGUGUGCACACAGCAUGUGUCUAAUCACAGUAGUUCAGAUUGAGCAUUUGGACCUGCACUGCAUAUAAUAACCUUCAGAGAAGUUCAAAGAUAAGUUCAAGAAAGAGAUACAGCUACGGUGGGUUACAUUGACAUCUGAGCGCUCCUUUAGUUCAAAAUGCGGAUCUUAACAAUUUAAUAAUGGCUCGGGAUUCCGGUACUAGGAGAAGAAAUUGGUAAGAAAACAAAAAAGGCAACAGAGAGAUGAGAUUGCCUGUAAAUCCAACAUCUUUUGUAAGUCCUACAUUUGCACAGAGCCAUCAUUUAACAGAGUCUGGUAAUAAACUCUGUUUGAGUGUUAUAAUGUGGUAUCAUAUACCAAAUGAGAUUAUAAUUAUAAGUUAUAAAAUGCCAGCAUGUCUCUGCAAUUAUUCAUUGAUUGUACAGUUUGUGUUAUAGUCUGUCAUUUCUGACUCAUGCAAAUACUGCCUAUCUCGGCUUUAUGGGGGAAAAGAGAGCUGCUCCCCUCUGUGUCUAGGUCAGUGAGCCCGGCAUCGAGCCAAUGAGAGAGGUGGAUAGAGAUACUUUGGCAAUGCAGCGACCAACCAAAAUGAUCGCAAAACCACAAGCAGCAUGUCAAAAGCAAGAGCAACGAAAAGAAAAGAGUUGUUCUUGACCUACAGUAUGUUGACGUCCAUCACACAUCAUUCUGUCUCCGAAGAGCUCAUUGGACUGUUAUCUGACCCUGUGUGUGUGCGCCCCGGUUCGCGGCCGUGCGAUCCUGUCGGUUGGACUUGCAGGGGCCGUGACUCACGUGUCAGCACUCCCUUUGAUGAGACAGGCCGACGGUGAACACACAUAAUUGUAUUACCACAUGGUUAGGGCCACACCCAUAUGCAGAGGCGGAUCCCGGCGAGCACAGCACACCCAUCCUGAACUCUGGUAAUCUUCUGCUCUGCCAUCACACUCACGCUCAGGCCAGCCAAUGGGGAACACAACCAAACCGUGUAGAUUCAACUGUUGUUGUCGUCAAUGUUGUUGUUGUUGUUGUUAGCCAAAAAAAAAAGCACUUCUGCCUUCACGUACACAAGCACAGGACAUUCAUUUUGAGGAUUUUUUUUUUAAUAUAUAGAAAAUGUUAAAAGGAGUGACAACACUUAUGAUGAAAAGCCUCCUGGACAAAGAUUGUAGAUGCUCUUUUUCAUGACCAAACUUCAGGCUCAUUCAGGAGCUUAACUCGGAGCUCCUUGGUCCAAGUGCCAUUUCAUAAUGCAAUGGUGUGGUGAUAUAUGCUCACAUGAGAGUCAUGUCUACGUUUGUUGGAUUAACUGGAACUUGUCCACUGAGUGAAAAUGAUCACAUAGAAAAGGAUGCUUUCAUUUACAGAGACGAGGCUUACAUUCACGGAGACAUUGUUCACUUGUGCCCCUCAUAGGUAGAGAUCUGAUGAAAGCAAUACUGAGUUUUUGAAAAAUCUUUAUUUAAUCAUUUUUGCCCAUUUAAUUGUCUAAUCAUUAUCAGUUGUUCCAGGCCCUGGAAUGAACUUGUAAUACUAACUGUGACACAGCAAACAUGAUUUUUUUAAUGGCAUAGAUGCAACUACAGGAUGCCCCACGCUGUUAAAAUGACUGACCGAGUGAGUUGUGUUAGAGGCCUGCUAUCCCGUCCAAAUUCAACAUAAAAAGAGAAAACAUUGAAAGCCCUGUAUAAAAGCCCUGUAUCUGCAUUGUAAUGUUUCAAUAUAAAGAUUGUGAUUAAGUUAUACAGUACCUCUCCAAUACCUUCUAUACUAUCUGACAAAGACCAGUUUAAUGUGGAUGUGUGUGCUAACUGAUCUAAACAACAGAGUUCAACUCACACAUCUUCUGUCACAGAGAAAUUUGAGUUCAGAUCAGCUCUUUGCAUGGGUGGGCCUGUUAUUUUGACUGAUGUAAAAAAUGCUAUGUGGAGAGAGUGUGCAUUUUUAAUUAAAAAUGUAUAAUUUUUUUAUUCAUGUAAGUUAUUUUAUUUUGUGGAUAACUUAAUAUUUGUAAAACAAUAAAGAACCUAAA